AGAUCGAUUGAAAGAUGUGAUUCAACUCCUUAGAAAUACUGCCAAUUCGCAAGUGGAACAGAUUAUAAGAAUAAUGAAGAGAUGGGCUAAAGAUAAUCGUAUCAAUAUUUAAAAGAAAUGCACAAAAGGAUUUGUUCUGAAAUGUUACUGAAACUACUGUUUCACCUGCAAAUUAACACAAUUACAUAUAAUUUACUUAGAAACGCAGGUCAGUGUAAUGAAGAAAUAUAAGUAAUGAAUUGGAGAUAAGAAUUCAAUUGUGCAUUUUAUGUUCUAACAAGAUUGUGACAUUGUGACAUUAGUUUUCUUUGUGGAUUCCAGUCGUGUUAUGUAUUAUGAUAUAUUAUAUAUUAUAUAUUAUGAUCUCAUACAUAAUGGGUUCAUUUUCCAGCUAUUGAAAAUGAAAAUACUGAGAGUAUUUAAUAGUUGAAGUCAUGACAUUGAUUUGAGUUUGUAAGAUACAUUGUAAUGAAGAAAUACAUUUUUGAAUCAACUCAUCAUCAUCAGUCUCAGAAAAAAUUAGUAUUAGACAUUGUGAACAAACAUCUCGUAUUGAGGUGUAAAAUUGGUGGUUCAAUGCCAGUCACUUCAGUGAGUGAGUGAUUGUAUCUGGUAAUUCAUAUUUUGUGGAUUGAAACUGCUGCUAGAACUUACAGUGAAUGUAUUUAUAAGUGCAGCCUAUAGGUUCUGUAGGGACUGACAGGACCAUGUCCAGGGGCUCCUUAAUAAAAAUAAAUUUCAAAUUAUUAAAUUAGGAAUUCUUGCCUGCAAAAAAAAUUGUGAUCAAAUAAAUUAUAUGCUGAGAGAUACUUUAACAAGUUAUUGUAUACAUGCCUAAUAUGAUUGCUUAACACGACCUCUUGCAGAAAUCGCUGGCAAUAAUUCAGUGUUGGCUGUUGCCUUUGAUGAACCAGGCGCUGAUCCACGGGAAGAUAAAUACCCCCCCCCCCUAAAAUUUUUCAUUAACUUUUAUUUUUAACCUAUCAUGAAACUUUUAAGCAAAAAUAUUUUCCGAUAAUCAUU